CUCGACCAAACUUCUACUCUGUCAACAUUUAACGUGAUUAUGAUACUCCGUGUUCUUUCUUCUGCUCAAACACACUACAGUUGCAAGAUAGCACCAUCGCUCUGUCGCUCUCGUCUGGUUCCAAACAGCAUUUGCUCCUCUGUCAAGAGGUCUGGCAGAUUCUGCCCGAGUCGCUGCGACUUGUGAAUUUCAGUUCCCCGCCUUCACGAUGUUCAUGAUCAAAAAUGUCAGCAAGUACCUCUUUGGAGACGUUUCCAAGGAGGUCAUUACCGAGAUUCCUCAAGGGCAGCUCUACCUGGUCCGUCCUCUGUCACCCAAGGGCUACUCCGAACUCAUCUACAAAGAUGCUGUCGCCAGCAUCCGGCGAACCGGUCAGGAGUUCCAGUACCAACUAGUGGUGCAGCGGGCAUAUGAGGAGGGAGAAGAAGAGCUGGCAGAGGACGACGAAGACGAAGGAGGAGAGAGCUUUGACAAGGACGAGAAGACCUUCCUACUCGAUCAGAGUCUGCACUUCAGAUCUGAGAAGAGAUCGGGUGGUGAAACAGUUCUAGCCUGGCGGGACCUGAGUGGUGAUCCAGGCGACCUUUACGAAUUUGUCUGCGAUCCGUCGGUGCAACAAGACAAGAUCCAGACUUUUUUGCUAGCUGCGAUUGAUUGCCAAUACGAGCGAAAACACCGCCAAUCGGCUCAAAAGGCUACCGACUCUGAACUAAGAGAGUUCUAUUUCGACAACGAGGACGCCAUCCCUGCCGCCAGCUCGGUUUCGUCUCCUAAGGAUACGAUGCCCACCUCCAAGGAAUCGGCCGAACGUAUGGCCCAAGAUGUGAAAUCCCCUAAGAAGGCAAUUGAGCCGAAUGCCACAGAACUUGCCACAACCUCUACAAAAGCCCCGGCAGCAAAGACUGCCCCAUCGGCAGGCGAAGUCUUGACCAAGCAGAAAGCUGAACUGCAUCUUUUCGACUUCUCCUCUGGCACCUUUAUGUUGCAGGACGCUUCCGUGGAUGCAGUUGUUACCGAUCUCGGCAAAUGGCGCUACUGGCUGCAAAUUACGAGCUCUGACGGACGCGAAUGGCUUGGGCAAGAGAUUGUGGCCGACAUCAACCCCGUUUUCAACUUCGAAUACUUGUCGGCUAUCUUCAACCACUAUACCGACGAUGGGUCGGCAUACUCUUGGCUCCUCCGCUUCCACGACCAAGCAACACUUGAGAACUUCCAAGAGGGCAUCAUGCAGGCAUUGUGGGAACAGCUGAACGAGAUGAAAUGGUCCAAAGUCAAAGCCCAUGAUCGAGAAUAUGUCUUUGAAGCUUUCAACGAAUUGACCAUGAACGAUGCGCCAGAGGGCGAGGAGGUCGAAGAGGAAGAGGAAGAAGAUGAGGAUACCGAUGGUGGCCAGCGCAGCGAACACUACGACUCAGAUGAAUCAGAAGACAAUGUCGAACUCGAUAACGCGGAUGGCAAUGUCAACUCACAGUUGGCCGUGGGAACCAAGCAUGAUCGGUCAUUUGUCAUUCGAGGUUCCAAGAUCGGGGUCUUCAAGCACCUUCCAAACCGACAUCUUGAGUUUACGACCAAUAUAUCCAAAGUGGAGACACCAAAGGGCAAGCUGUUCCGACCAAACAAGGUCAUGUUACACUCAGAAGACCAGAACAUGGUCCUCCAAGACGACUCCAACCCCAAUGCCCUCUACCGGAUGGACCUCGAAUAUGGCAAGAUCAUUGACGAAUGGAAAGUCCACGAUGAUAUCCCUGUGACCAAUUUCGUCCCCGAAACCAAGUUCGCUCAGCAAACCUCAGCACAACCAUUCAUCGGUCACAGCAAGAAUGCUCUGUUCCGCAUCGAUCCUCGUGUUGCUGGUAACAAGCUCGUGGAGACUCAACUGAAACAGUACAUGUCCCAGAACGAUUUCUCUGCAGCGGCCACGACAGAAAAGGGCCAUGUUGCAGUGGCGUCCAACAAAGGAGACGUCCGUCUCUUUGAUCGGCUGGGCGUCAAUGCCAAAACUCAUAUCCCAGCUCUCGGCGAAGCCAUUAUUGGUCUUGAUGUCAGUGCUGACGGUCGCUGGCUCCUUGCCACGUGCCGCACCUAUCUUCUCUUGAUUGACACCCUCCAAAAGGACGGCAGGUAUGAGGGCAAGUUGGGUUUCGAACGUUCUUUUGCCAAAGACAGCAAGCCCCAACCACGUCGUCUCGCCCUUACGCCCAGCCAUGUUGCACAAUUCCAGCAUGAGACGGGUGCGCCGCUCUCUUUCACAGCUGCGAAAUUCAAUGCUUCACCAGAAAAUCCCGAGACAAGCAUCAUUACUUCAACCGGUCCUUUCCUUGUCACCUGGAGCCUUAAGAAGGUCGUUGCUGGCAGCAAGGAUCCAUACCACAUCAAGCGCUAUGCCGCUCAGGUCAUGGCAGACAACUUCGAGUUCGGAUCCGACAAGAAUGUCAUCCUUGCGCUACCCAACGAAGUCGACAUGGUCAGUCGCAAGACUUUCAAGAAGCCGACGAGAGAGAGCAUUGCAGGUCCAGCGGUGAGGCUGAGCACUGGUGCAUUGGCGACGCCCAGACGAAGCGGCAGGCAGAGUCAUUUGCGAGAAGAGAUUGUGAACAGUCCAUAUUGAGCGGACAGUCAGGAUUGGCAAAGCCAGCUGCAGAGUCUCCAAUCCCUUCGGCGGUGUUUCAAGCAUGAAAGUCUUACGGCGACACCGAGAUCACUGCGAUAUUCUCAUAUAAUGCGUUCCAUUUGUUUUGAUACCCCGAUUUUCGACAUGCAGGCUCAUGGAUCCAGGCUGGGAAAGGAGACACAUGAGAUAUGGUCAUGCGCGAUAUGAUUAUUGUUCGAAUUCAAUCUUCUACCGUAUUUGAGUAAGCUUGCCUUGGAUUGUACGAACCAUAGAGCACGCCCCAUGAACUUGCGAUGGUGUUGCAAGGAUAUCGCCGAUGACGCUAGGCUUCGAAGUGAAGGUUCACCACUGGAACGUGCAGCCACGUAGGUAGACAAGAGUAGGCCACAAUACACAGAUGCAGUCAUGUGGUUGCGUCCAGGUCUCUCCCUUCG